AUGCUCAUAAAGCUCGCACGAGCAACAACAGCGGCUGAGGGUCCGGUGCAGAAGUUGAUUGCCGAGAAGCUGCGGGCACGCUUUUCUCCGGUCCACUUGUCGAUCGCGUGCGAGAGCUACAUGCACAACGUGCCGAAGGGAACGGAAAAGCACUUCAACGUGCAGAUCGUCAGCGAGGAGUUCGAGGGCAAGACGACGCUGCAGCGACAUCGUCUAGUCAAUCAGUGCUUGGCUGAUGAGCUAGCCGGACUAGCUAGCCGAAUCGACGCCGUUCCGCCUUCAAAAUGGGCCGGACAAAGUCCAGCGCCAAGCCCGGCGUGCCGUGGUGGAGGCCAUUUG